UCCACCGGAAUAGAAUACUAACCAUGUCGCUGCUUCACUUACCCCCAGAACUUCGUCUGGCGAUUUAUAAUUAUGCAGGCGCGCCCGGCAAUGGCACAUCGCAUAGUUGUGAGGAGGAAGAUGGUGACGAAGUGUCGCUCUCAAUAUCGUACCCCCGGCACUGCGUAGUGCAGAAUGUGAAACUUUCGAAUAUUACCAACAUCAACCUCAACCAUCGGCUAGUAGAACGUCAUUUAUCUGAAUCGCCUCGUGCAUCUACAUCCAAUAGCAAAGGAUGAGAGCGAUGCUACCGCUAAUCCUAAUAGAUAUAAACAACACCAUUCUACUCAUCGAUAUUGUCAAGAAAAACUCGGCGGGCGGGAGUGUUUAUGCAAAAGCCGGCACACAGUAUACUCAAGUUAUAGCAAGUUCAAUUGUCUUUUUUGGUAAAAACCUUAUCGUGGAAUAUCCGACCGAAUCAAUGGAUUAUCCGCAUUCCGUGCUCCAUUCUCCGAGUCGAUUGCAUAUCUCAAAGUUCCUCAAGGAAGUUGUUCCCAAGGAUGGUCUCCGCCAUUUACGCUAUCUUGAAAUCGUUUUCGAGCGGUUCGAAUGCAUCGGGCACCUGGCAUGGUGCGAAUCUGGCAGCUUAGAGUUGCUGGAUUCGGAACGCACAAUUGAGGACAUUAAGCUACACGUCGUAUCGUCAAACCUUGCGAUCAAGAUUAGCUUCCCUCCUGAUAUGGGUAGGAUCUACGGGCGCUCUCCCGACGCCCAAGACGAAGAUUACAUCUUUUCUCAGGAAGCAUUCCUGAAUCGGAGGAAAUGCUAUGUCAACACAGUCUUGCCUUUGCAGCGAUUAAGUUGCCACUUGAACCACCUAGCAGUUUGCAUCUAUGGAGACAUGGAAGAACCUGGAAGGAAGACUGAAUAUGCUGAGGAGUGGUCUCGUGAGCUCGAAAGCAUAAUUAUGGGUGCUUCAUAUAAGCAACCAACAAGCGACGACUACGAGGCAAGUGGUCGGCCCGAGCCAUUGUUCAUGGCGACUGGAUUUUGGCUCAUAGAUGCCAACUACUGUGGUCGAAGCAGAAUCCAACUUGACUAUGAUAUUUGAG